GUUAGCAACAUGGCUGAGUAUAUGGACUUGGACUGGGCGGAUGACAUUAACAAGGUAAAAGAGGCAUAUAUUGAUGCUUUUGCGCUUAACAUGGCACAGGGCGAAGAAAUGAACGAAAAGUUGGUUAAGGCUGUCUUUGAUAAGGCUGAACAGCUUGGCUUUCAGUUAUUCUUCAGCUUUGAUUACGCUGGCAACGGGCCUUGGAAGAAACAAGUCGUCAUCGAAAUGCUGCAGAAGUACAGUGGUAGCCCAGCUCACUUUCGCCACGAGGGUAAACCUUUUGUGUCGACUUUUGAGGGCCUAGCACAGGCGGAAGAUUGGGUCGAUAUCAAGGCUCAAACAGGCUGCUUCUUCGUACCAGACUGGAGUUCCGAUGGGGCCAAGAGAGCUAUGGAACGUGCUGGAGGCGUCGCGGACGGACUUUUCAGCUGGGACGCGUGGGCCUGGGAGUAUAAGGCCUCUGAGUUAGUGUCGGAUGAGGUCUUCUUCUCGGCUCUGCUCACAGAGGACGCCGAGUUACACGUUGUCAUUGGUGGAUCUGCAUACAGGAGCACCUGGAGGAACAAACCAGAAGGCAGCGCCGGUAUCUACCACGGAGGCGUGCCAUUUGACGGAAGAGAAGGCGGCGUUGAAUUUAGGCUCAUCCGAGGCGGCAAGACCAUCAUGAGCGUCACAGGCCCAGACGUCGGACGGAACUGCGGCAGUGAUGGCUAUCACAACUUCAACCCUACCACGGGUAGCAAGAUGAUGGCGGCGUCACGCAGUGUGACAGUACCGUCGCUUUCGAACCAGAUAUGCAUCGGGGGAUGGGGUGCUAACGACUUUAAUCGGCUCUGCAAGUUUACUUGCAGCUACGGGUACUGCCCUAAGGGUGCUUGUGUCUGCACUGCCCUGGGCACAGAGUUCGAGUAUCCCAACGGAAGUGGGCCCCCGGGAUACGCUCUAGAGGGCCGAGGCUCCAGCUAUGUCGGCCUUUGCUCGUCGGCCUGCUCGUAUGGUUUCUGUCCGGAGGAGGCCUGUGGCCUUACGCAACAUCCAUUGAUCGAGCCCGUGGUAUCACCUUUCCAACCCCCGGCGUGUGUAUCCGGCACCGGCCCCGGCGACCUCGCCGCGCUCUGCAGCUUUACCUGUAGGCAUGGGUAUUGCCCUAUUGCUGCCUGCAUAUGUUUGAGCCAGGGCGAGCUCGACUGGCUCGAUGCCACCGUCGACCUAAUAGCCGGCACCAUCAAAGACGACGGCCAUGGCUUGUGCGCGUUUGCCUGUUCAAGGGGCUACUGUCCCUUUGACAAGUGCGUGCAGAGAGUCAUCGGAGACCAGGGCAGCCAAGAUGCUGGCGGCCAUGAUAUCGAGAUGGUCAACCUCAAUCAGACGUGCUUCCGUACCGAGAAGUGUGUUGAUAUUGAGGAUGACAUCGACAAGCUGGGAUAUUCCAAGGCCUGUGGUCGGGGUUACAAGCGUGUCGGCUGGGACAAGAGCAUUUGCAGCGGUAUCGGGGGUACCUGGGGUCAGCCCAUCUGCUGCAAGGCAGGGGACGCUCCGGAGAAGUGCAUGUGGAGAGGAAACGGCGGCGACUGUAACGGGCAAUGCCACGAAGGCGAGGUUACCCUAUAUAAGUCUGGAAACGGUGGCUGGCCGAUUGAGUCCGGCGGGAACAACAACCAAUGUAGCCGAGGCUAUAAGUACUUUUGCUGCAGCAUGGACAGUUACGAAGAGUUGACUGACCAAUGCUACUGGAGUGGUUGUGAAGAAAGCUGCAAAAGCGACGAGCAUGACGUUGCAACAGCUGUUACCACACCCGACCAGAGCUGCAACCUCUUUAAAUACAUGUCUCACUACUGCUGCAUGUCUUCCCAACCGUCACUCCGAAGCUGCCACUGGGUUGGUAAGGGCGACUGCGCGGACAACACAUGCUCAGCCAACGAGGUGACGUUGCGCACCGAUUCGCAGGGAGACAGCCUCUUAGACUGUCUCUGGGGCCGGAAGAAGGCACUCUGCUGCACGCCCAAUGACGACAUCUUCGAGACACCCACAUGCAGCAAAGGGCUCUGUGAAUAUCCUGGCUCCGGGUACAACUGCGACGAGGACCUGUACGCGGAUGACUACUCUGACGAAGAUGAGUGCGAGCCAGAAUUCUGCGACGCUAAGUACAUCAGCUCCCAGCUCGACCGGCGUGGCAGCAAGCGGCCACCGUUCAAUGUCAGCUGGCAGCAGGUCAUUAACGAUAUCGUCCAUAACUUCAAACUGAAAUUGCAGAUGAGAGCGUAUCCAGGCUCCAGCAAUCUCCACAAGAGUACGCGAAGCACCCCGGCCAGCAAUAACGCCUUCAGGCUGGUACAGAAUAACUGCAGCUCGACCGAAAUAGAGGUCUUGGACAGAAGUACAAUGGCUUCUGAUCAUAUCCGAGCGACCUACGACACGGAGCACAACCCCGAUGGGCAAUACGUCCGUGAUUUCGUCAGGACCUUGGCCACCGGCAUCCUCCCUAACGGCUCGGCCACGUCUAACGGCCUCCUCCACGGCCCAGAUCUGGCGGACAACUGGAACGCCGAUGUCCUGCCAUCAAACUUGCCCCGCGCGGGAUCCAGUAAGGAAAUCUUGACACCUAACGGCUAUUUGUUUGAUCGUCUUGGGUCGCAGGGAAACCGAUUCCCGCUUUUGCUCUGUGAGCGUGUUAUGAACCAGAUGAAGGGUCGAAUCUUC